AUGACAACAAUCGCUUCACUCAAGCGGCUCUCAGCCAAAUCCCUCUCCGAGAAGAUCCUCGAGGAAGUCAACGCCACAGAUCCCACAUUUGCUGUUAUCGAUGUUCGUGAUAAUGAUUACAUUGGUGGACAUAUCAAGGGCUCAACAAAUAUCCCCGCACAUACUCUCGACGCCAUGAUGCCAACUCUGCGGGGUCCGAGUGCGGCACUAAAGUAUCUGCGUGAGAGGGAUGGUCUUUUGAAGUCUAUGGGUGAAGACCCAAAGGGAGACAACGGUCAGGAUGUUUAUGUGUUGGAUAGGGGAUUUUCAGGAUGGCAAGAGGUUUACGGAGAGGAUGAACGAUUGACGGAGGGAUACGUUAAGGAUUUAUGGGAUAAUUAUUAA